AUGCUGCUCGUUCAGUGCUGUGAUAAUGCCGCUUUGUGCUUGUGGCAGGUAGAGCAGGACGUGCCGUCUGUUCACACCGAGCAUGUGAUGCCCAGGGGUACUAUAAUAACCCUGACUGAGCGAUACAGAGAUCUAACAACAACAGAAAUCAUCAUUAUCCUUCAUCCUGAUCUGAUCCUCCCCAAGAUGAGAGCCGCUGUUCCUGUCCUGCUCUUAGUGGCACUCGCCGGGUGUCAGCAUGUCUUUUCUGCAUCUCUGGAAGUUGCUGUGAGUGAGGAAGUGUUCGAUGAAAGAGUGGAGAUUAGUGAUCUCCAGAAAUCAGAUGGAACUCAAUCUGAAGCAGAAUCAGAAGAGGGAAGAAUGGAACAUAACAACUGCUUUGGGAAGGCUGUGAGAGAUCAGCCUGAGCUGAAGUUUAACCCGACUGCAUCCUCAGUCAGUGAAGAAAUGACACAAGAACCUGAGACUCAGAGUGCAAAAGGGGAGAAGCCUGAAGAUGAAUUAACUGAAGCGAGAGCAGAGGUGCGAGUGCAGACUUUGAACCUGAGCGCUGAGCAGGAGGACAGUGACGAGACUGAAGAACGCUUUGACAUUGAGGUGCUUAAACAUGCAGGUGAAACAGACAUGGCUGUGGAAUAAGCCGAGCAUCGUGUUUACACCUCAUAGACCUACAGAAGAAAUACAUGAGGAACUUAUUGUACUUAAUAAAGAAAUUAAACACAUCA